AUGCAUCGAGCCUACCAGCCAAUUUUACCCUGUGGCAACAAAUAUCUUCAGCUAAAAUGGGACAAAGCAAAGUAUGAAGAACACAAGAAAAGGAUCCAAGCAGCAAAACCAUUAGUGGACACAAGUGCCCCUGCAAUAUACAGUCACCUUCAUCUGAAGUUAGGGAAGCUAAAGCUGGAGGAAGACCGACUUUCCGUCAUCGAAAGAGACAACCGUUUGCUGCUGGAGAAGAUGUCCUGCAUCAUGAGAACAAAGGGACAAAUCGACAACAAAAAUGACUAUAAGGCCAAGAGGUAA